AGAAUAAUGAUUGAUCUAACAAUAUUAUAUUGGUUUUGUAAUGUUAGAGGAUGUUGAUACACCUGAGAACUUUGAUGAUGCACAUUUGGAUAUGCCUCUAUCAGAUGAAUUUGUGGCGAGAGCAACCGAUGGAAAAAUUGUCGAAGAUUCUCAUAUGCAGUCAUGUCUACCUUUGGCAGGCACACUAUACCAAGAGAAACAGGACCUUGUGGAAGAAACAUCAAAGAAGACUAAAAUAACCCAAGCUAAGGACAAACAAGUAACUAAGGCAAAGAAGGCGAAGAAAAUGAAGUCUAAUAGCAUAUCUGAUCCAUCCCACCAACUUACUGAAGUGGUUGUCGAGCAUAACAAAGGCAAAAGAGUUCCACAAACACCAACACUCAAGUCAAGGAGUGGCAGAACAAUCAGGCGAAGAAUAUUGGACUAAUGAAGUGAAAGAUUUUAUGAGACUUUGAAGAAACUUUUGUAUGUACUUUGUACAAUUAUCUAGCUAUGACUUUUGGCUCUACUAGCAUUUUGAGGUUACCUUUUGUAUGUACAUUGUAUAUGCCUCGAUGCAGUUUUUGUUUAAUGUGAUAUGUAUAUAUAACGCGUAAUGUCUGAAAGGAUACUUGAAUAGUUUAUAUAUAAAUUAUGU